AUGGCCAUUGUGCCACACACGCCGGGCCGCUUAGCGGAACACUACGCCUUUGACAUUUUCCACACCGUCCAUCUGGGGAUCGGGCGAAAUUUUUUAGGGUCGGCUCUGGCUCUUCUAUCCGAGCGAGAAUCCGCUGGAAAUGUCGACGAGCGCUUCAAUGCGAUCACUGAAAAAUAUUUGACAUGGUGUGCGGCUACCUCGCACCCUCCGAUUACACACAAGAUCACGAAGGAUCUCAUCUCGUGGCCCGCCACGACUGACUAUCCUUCUGGGCCGUGGUACAAAGCAGAGCUCACCACAACUUUGUUAGAGUGGUUCGAAUCACUGGAUGGAAAUUUCGACGCGGAUGAUGAAGUGAUGAGCUUGGCUAUGGAAGCCUGCAAAUCUUUGAAUUCUUUUGUGCGUUUACUCUUUCGCUCGGGCGCCUGGCUCAGUGCAGAGGAUGGGGGCCUAGCAGCGCAAUUUGCCUGCAGAUUUCUUCGUCGGUAUUCGCAGUUGGCAAGCUGGGCACUCCGGGCAGCCAUUAUGGAUCCUGCAGCCGAAGCUGCAUUGCCUACAUCAUAUAGCGCUUACCUUAUGGAAGGAUUCCCGAGCAGCCAGGAAAUCUUUGAACCCGGUUUGUUGCUCGACACAGACAUCCGAGGACUUUAUCGGCAAGCCCUCUAG